AUGAUCAGUGGAGCUCCGCCGCUCCGCUGGCUGGUGACCAAUGCAUUUGGCCUCACCAACAAGCUGGGAGAGCUGCAGCAUGCACUGCUCAACGAUAACGUCGACAUAGCGGUUAUCACAGAAACGAAGUUCUCGGCCCAGACCGUAGCCUCUGAGACAAUAUUUCCAGGAUACUCGCCUCCCAUCCGACGUGACCGGGAUGCAUUUGGUGGCGGCAUUGCCGUAUGGGUGAAGUCCGGCCUCCCAGUAGUGCACCUCGACCAGAUUCCCACUGAUGACCACGAAGUCCUCUGGCUCGCCGUGAGUCUUUCCACGCAACAAUCUGUUGUUAUCGGUGCCUUGUAUCGGCCUGGAUCCUGUGCGGACAACGACACCUGUCUGAUUGAGUAUCUUGGACCUGCACUAGACGUGGCCCGCACUCACGGCACUCACAUAGUGCUAGCUGGGGAUUUUAAUGUCCAUCACGAGACUUGGCUCUGCAGCAGCAAAACAACUGUAGCUGGAGAGGCCUUAGAAGAAUUGUGUGCUGAGCAUCAACUCCACCAGCAUGUCUUGCAGCCGACUAGGGGUCUGAACACCCUGGACCUCAUCCUCUCCAACAUGCCCGUUCCUAUCGACACCACUGUCAAAGCGCCACUUGGUCGCUCUGACCAUGGGGUUGUUCUUGCCGACUUUUACCUCACCCCUGAUGCUGAGCAAGCUACCUCCAGGACUGUCUGGCGCUACAAUCAGGCAGACUGGGGGCGCCUGCGGGCCUUCUAUCGCACUACUGACUGGUCCACCAUUGUGACUGACGACCCUGAAGAGUCCUGCAGGAAGCUAAGUGACGUCAUCUCCAGUGGCAUGCAGAAAUUUAUCCCCGCCAAGCAGCUUGUUACCCGCCCAGCAGACCCCAAAUGGUGGACUCCUGAGUGCACCACAGCAUUGAACACUAAAGACAAGGCAUGGAAGGCCUGGAGACACAAUAUUUUCAGCGAAGCCCACAAGGCUUGCUUCAUGCGCUCAGUAGAAGAUGCUAUCCUCGCGAAUGUGCGAGCUCGCACAUCCUGGGAACUGAGAGUUCGUCGGAAACUGUCACGCGGAGGCCUGAAAGACAAGCAAUGGUGGUCGGUGCUCAAAUCUGCUGCUGGCGCCAGUCAUGGCUCGUCUAUACCAUGCUUGGUAGAUGACGCUGGUCACCAACUCCGUAUGAAUGCUGCCAAAGCGAACUGCCUUGGUCGCUACUUCGCCAAUAAAUGUAGCCUUGGAGAUGAUGACUUGGGCCCGGGGGAUCUCCCUCAUGUUCGCCAACCCGGGGUCACCCCACUUAGCCGAAUCCACUUCCGCCUGCAAACAGUGAAACGCCUCCUGAACCAGCUCGACGUUGAUCACAGACUCUUGAUUUUAGCCCACAUUACCACAACUCAACCGCCUUCAGCUGAUGGCAGACUACUGCAGCACACCAUCACCCUGACACACCUAUCCUAUCGAGCAUGA